GAAUAAUAACGUAGGCAACGACAUAACAUUGCAACCGAUUCCUAUACCAGUUUCCUCCCCAUGCUAAUAAGUGUGAUAUAUUAUAUAUUUGCUUAUAUUUGUCCGGUUUUCUUUAUGAAUCAAUUUAUCAUUUUAUUUUUUAACAUAUUUUUUAUAAUUGAUAAUGAUUAAUUUAUUUAUUGUAAAUAUUUUAUUCCUCUUCUGCUUUUUAUCUAAUUCUUUUAUUUUGAAAAUUAUUGCUGGUUGAUAGUAAAAGUGUCAUGGCCACCGUGCUGUUGCUGUCCAAAUCCAUUUAUUUUUUUUACUCCAGUCGUUUACCGUCUGAAAUUUCUUCGUAAAACACAUGUUUUAUAAAUAAAUAAUAAUAGUUAAUCCGAAACAUGCUGUAAGGACAAAAUUUGGGUUGACACUUGGUCACCGAUACGUUUUGAAACCAGGAUGGUCCAAGGUAGAAGCGCAGAGCGUAGUGAACGUUUGGGUGUUGACGAACACGAAAGCAUUUCUGAUGGCGAGAUACCUGAUCCAAAACACACUGCGCUGCUGGAAGCAGUUUCACAGUUGGAUGGGAAACAAAGAGUCAGAGCACCCACACGUAGUGAACCUAGUCUUCAGGUGUCGGAGUUCCACCUGGUGGGCAGUGGCAGCAGUGGGAGCAGUAGAAUACGUGUUGCAGAACUUGCAAAAACACUGAAGAAGAAAAGCAGCCAUGUUGAAACAAGCCGUAAGGUCCAGUUGCUGCAGAGUAAACUAAAGACCUUGCCAAAACCUCUCGAGAAGAAUGUUUCGGAAAAGCUGCGGCGCUCUGUGGGUUUCGAGAAUGUGAAGACCGAACUUGCGAAGUGGGAGGCGAUCGUGGAAAGUCACCGUUCUGUGGACACCUUGACUUUUCCUCUGAGACGAGCUGAUGACCGCCCAACAUCUUCAAAUGCAUUCAUUGCAAAACUUAAAUCUCAGAAGCCAAAUGAACUGGAAGCCAAAGUUGCUGAAAUCCUAGCUGGAAGUCCAUGUGUUCAAGAAGAUGCUAAGGAACAAGAGGAGGAGUACCCUCUCAGUUUGGAAGAGUUGUUAGAGCACCGCAAAGAGAUGGCGAAAAUCAGAGCUUUAGAGUCAUACAAGGCUGUAAAAGCUGCCAGGCAGAAAAAAAUCAAGAGUAAAAAGUUCCACCGCUUGCAGAGGCGCGAGGGCGUGCGCAGGCAGAUCAAGAGCUUCGAGCAGCUCCAGAAGUGCGACCCGGAGGCGGCCCUGAGGCGCCUCGAGGAGCUGGAGAGGGGGCGGGCGGAGGAGAGGAUGACCCUGCGGCACCGCAGCACGGGUCAGUGGGCCCGCAGCAAGGCCGUCCGGGCCAAGUACGAUAAGGAGGCCCGACAGGUCCUCUCAGAACAGUUGGCCAUUAGCCGCGAGCUGACUCAAAAGGUCGGCAGAGAGGAAGACAGUGGCGUCGACAGCGAAACUGAAGUGCCUGAAGCAGACGAGCCAGAAGCCUCCACCGGUCCUGGCAACUCAAAAAAUCCGUGGAUGGUGAAAACUUCCUCAGAAAUUGACCAGUUUGUCAGUGGCUAUCGAAAAUUUUGGGAAGAGCAGAACAAAAGGAAGGCUCAAGUCGAGUCUGCAGGAAAGGAUGGGGCAGCAAGCUCGGAACAGCCCGAAAAUGUUGAUCCCGUGAGUCAAGCUAAAAGAAUCAAACUAAUGGAGAGUGUUGUGGAAAGAGUGGAGAUGUUAGAGAACAACCACAGUGUCGGAAAUGUAGAUGAAACUUGUGUUGACACACAGGCAAGUGAUGGGGAUGUACUUCAAGUAGAAGAGGUAACACAAAACAAAAGAGAUGACAAAAAGCUUCAAAGUAACAAGUGUGCCAGUGCAAGUAAAACUGGAAAGGAAAAAGUAAAUGGGAAAGUGGUGAAAAACUCAAAGCUCAAAAAAUUCAAUGAGCACGACGACUCUCGUGUCAUGAGUAAAAAGAAAAAAUUGAGUUUGGUUGGGAAAGAGCAAGCCAAGCUAACCGAUUCUACCACGAAGACACGGAACAUCACUAGCACAUCGUCGUCUUGGGUUGUAACAGCUGUUGACACUCCAGGUGAAGGUAAAAAACAACUUAAGAGUAAAAAUAAAUCAAAGCGAAGCAGGGACGUUUCAGGUGUUGAUGUUACCGAAACGGAGGCCACGAGCCAACUAGCGACGGAUGCUGAUGUGAAGCUUGACGACUUGUUCGAGGAGGCUGAGCAGCGGUUGAAACGGAGGAUCGAGGAGAAACUGAGUGCCCUGCAGGUUCGUGGAGAAGGGGAAACGAAGCGUGCGGAAGAACCAGCUGAAGCCGAUGCUGACGUGGCUGGACCGUCCCUGGAGAUGAAGAAGUCGGUCACGCGACCGGCGGUGGACGAGGAGCUCGGCGAGGUGCCCCACCGUCUCGGCGGCGGUCCAGCGGAGCCCGGCGAGGGAGACCUGGAAGAGCUGGCGGUCCAGCUGCGGGCGGAGAGGCUGGCCCCGCCGGCCCCCGCCAUCGACCCAAACAACUAUCUGCAAGCCAAGCCGAAGCACCUGAUGUCCCGGAUCCCAGACGUCAUGACGAGAGGGGACGGAGCGAUGGACGAUGACGAGGAGAAAGGAGUGGAGGAAGAUGAUGAAGCGGAACGAGAGAAGCUCAUCGCAGAGGCGUUUGCCGAUGAUGAUAUAGUCGCAGAGUUCAGAGAUGAAAAAGAAGACAUGAUUGAAAAGUCUAAACCUAAGGACAUUGACCUGACUCUGCCAGGUUGGGGAGCAUGGGGCGGACCUAACAUUGAAGUGUCAAAGAGAAAAAAACGACGGUUCAUCCUAAAGGUUCCCAAGAAUGCUCCGCGGAGGGAUGACAAUAAAGGCAAUCUCAUCAUCAAUGAAGACAAGGAUACGAAAAUAAAGCAACACCAGGUGAGCGAUCUCCCAUUCCCAUUCGAACGGGUGCAAGACUUCGAAGCCAGCAUCCGCGCCCCAGUGGGGAGGAACUGGGUGCCAGAAAUGGCACAUCGCAAGAUGGUUCUUCCGGCAGUUCGGACCAAACUGGGAGCAGUCAUCGAGCCCAUGGAUGAGGACAUGUUGUUCAGGAAGAAGAAGAAAAGAGGGAAUAACAAGUACUAUCCAAUAUGAGUUUUUUUUUGUCAUGGCUGUAUAAAUGAAUGGCAUGCAGUGUUUGAAUUACAUACAAGUUUUGCCACAAUUCA